CUCGAUUCUGUUUUAUUACACCUGUCCCUUUCCUCUCUCGUCAAGCAGUAAGCCGUAACAAAAGAGCGAACGAUAGAAGCCGAUCGGUGAAGUAAGGAUAAAAUACUGUUUUAAAAUGGUUCGUCAUUCAAGAAGAAGAAGAAGAAAAAGAAGAAAGGUUACUUGUUCUUUUUUCACCUUGAUUCAAAGAAGAUAAGCGCAUUACUUGUCAUCUCACCUGGAAAACAGUGUUUUAAUCGAAAAUGUUAGACGAUUAAUCCGUACGAUCAGAUCUAUCUAAAGCGUAUCCCUCGUUAAACACGUCAUGCCAGGAUGAACAAUUAAACUGACAGAGCAAUCGAUAAGCCGACCUAUCGAGGAUCCGCUGAAAAUUAUUGGCGUCGAUGUGUCUGUGUGUUAGUGUGUAUGUACGUACGUAUGUAUGUAUGUAUGUUUGUAUGUAUGUAUGAUGGUAUAUAUGUAUGUAUGUAUGUAUGUAUGUAUGUAUGUAUGUAUGUAUGUAUGUAUGUAUGUAUAUAUAUAUGUCGGAGAAAUAGAAAAGGUCGCUUUUCGCUCCCAUUAAAUCACUAAUAUAAUAAAUUGAUAAUUACCAACAAUGAUAAUUAAAAUGACAUGCUAGAAGAAUCUUAUGAAUUAGAAAAAUGAACGACACGUGUGUUUAUAUAUAUAUACUUGUAGGUAUAUAUAUACGACUUACGCAGGUACGUACACACACACACAUAUACACUUAUAUAUUAAUAGACGAUAUAAUUCAUCAUAGAAGUUUUCUCUAGUCAACGUUUGUCAUUUUUAAUACACACAUGUGUAUAUAUGUGUGUGUGUUAUGUAUGAUCAACCUACAUAUAUAUAUGAACAUAUAUGUAUGCGUAUAUAUAUACCUACUUCUUUCAAAACGAGAGAAAUAGAAGAAAGCUGUGAUUUGGCUCUCUUGCUCGUCAAACACGCUUCGUUAGUCGACAUUGGCACUCACAGCAAAUUAAAAAAGAUCAAUGCUUCUCGUUUCUAUCGAAUACUUUGUGUGUGUAUGUGUGCAUGUGUGUACGUACGAAUCUUCGUUUACGAAUCUUCGUACUUCGAGUAUAAUAAGAAGGAUAAUUAACGAAUCGUAUUGGUUUAUCUUCUACGAUUAUUUUCUCUACAUACAUGCAUACAUAUGUAUAUACAUACGUACACGUAUGUGAUAUUUACUUAUAUAGAUUUUAUGUAUGAGUGCAUUCGACGUGGGUAGUAUGAGCCAGGGAAAAUUAUUUCAUAAAGGGAAAGGACGCAAAAGAAAAAAUCGAUUUUACUCGGAUUAAAGUCGUCCAAUAUUAAAGGUCAUUCUUUUACGAUUAUGAUUACUCGCAUGAUAUGUACCGAUAAUUAUGGCAACUACAUCUAAAUGAAGAAUGUGGGAAAAAAUUGAAUUUAUCAAUUAUUAUGAACGUAGGCUACUGAUUUACAAUUAGACGAUUUUCAUAAUCACUGGCUCGUUUAUCUUUGAGAGAAAAAGAUUGAAGGAAAGAGAAUAUGGAAAAGUCACGUUUAAAUACUAACUCACAGAAUUACGAUAUCUCUUGAUGUAUAGUAAUGCGGUCGCAGUUUGUUUAUUACUACUCGCGUGUCGACUUGUGCUCGCAGUAUGCAUUACGAUAUGUAGCAAUAUAUGCGUGCGCAUGCAUCCAUGCUAAGUCGAACGCGUGUAAUAUGGAUCGGUUAAAUGCAGGCAUGUCAAACGCACGACCCUGUAAAGUAUCCAGGCACAUCGAUUAAAUAGACAUUUUUCAAGAUAUUACAAAGUAUUCAACAGAUGUGUUGCAGGUGAAUCAUGAAAGUAGGCCAUAUAACGUAUCUUUCUUUGUCUUUUUUUUUUUUUUUUUCAUAUAACGAUUAAACUUUCUAAAUAAUUGGAAGGAUAUAAAAGGAAGUGGAUAAAAUAUAUCAUUAAUUCGUUUAAGCUACUUUCAUGAUCGUAAAAACAUGCAUUAAACUGCACAUCUAAUUUCACGUCAGAUUUAUCUCUUUUACAUGAUAUAUACGGUACAAUAAUUUAACGUAUGUUUCAUAAGUUUACUACAAUUGGUAAUGUGGAAAUUCGUCCUGGUUUUGACUUCAUGAAUCAAAGUGAGUUUGACGUGAUUGCAUUAAUGUAAUGAAAGGGGAAGAGUCAAUGCUGGAAGUGACGAGUCAAUUAAAUCUCUGGCGAGGAUUUCGAUCGAUCCGAAGGAGCAUGAUGAUGACGUUGCGUGUAAACGAUACUUUGCUUCCAAGAGAACGCAUUGCGAGAAUAUUACGAGUAUGUAUACCUUGAAUCGACAUUAUGUAUCGAGAAAUUCCUUUACGGUUACUCGCCCGAUCGUAUAUACGAUCAUUACAAUGAAACGCCAUCGUCGAUGCACCGCGCAUUAUCAUGUUCCAUAGAUACGUACACACAUACACAAUUUUACGAAAAGGAACAAACUUGAUCGUAAAAGUGUACGUAAGUAUGUUAUAUUGUUCUAUGUAUCUUAUUUCUUACCUUUAUUUUCAGAAAAUGAUCACUUAAUAAUAACUUAACCUAGAAACGUACACUAUCGUCUUACGUAAUAAAUUAUUUUAUACAUUGAAGUAUUAUUUUUGUUUAAAUCGAACGUUAAUGUAAAAAAAGAGAUGAUUCGAUACAAGUCUGACUUGGAUGUGUUAAAUAUGAGAAUGAAAGACAAAAUUUGAUGACAAAAGAGAAAAGAAAAAAGAAAGGAAAGAAAGGUUAUUUCUAAUUACAAAACCAUGGGUGCAUCGACAUUGCGUUUUUACCCUUGUUCUCUCGAGGCCUGUAACACACCUUGACGUGUUUUAUACCAACUUUUCCGUGAAUGUGUGCGUGUAGCGUUUAUGUACUCUCACUGCAAAUGUAUGCGCGUACGUACGUGCUUGUUUGUCAUACAUGCCGGUAUAACCUAUCCAUUGUAUUCCACACUCUUCUCACUACGUGAACUACGCAUCACACACUGACGUAUAGAGAAAGGAGAGAAGCAUGCCAAAUGAAAUAGACACUCGCUCGUUCACUCUCAAGAGACAGAACCAACGAAGAGAAAAAUUCGUAAGAGCUACCGUUGAAUCUUUUAAGAGAGAUCUUUUCGUGGCCCGAUUCUAUCUCGGCUCAUGAGAAUCGAAAUAAUAAUUAUACAUACCCGGGGAACGCAAAUACGUGUCCUUUUGAAUUCUUUUUUCUCUUUUUUUGAUCACCACACAAAACACACAUCACUACACACAUUAAAUAUACAUAGCAUGCACCACGCAAAUACACAAACAAAGCAAAAUACACAUGAUCGACCCGUAUUUGCGAUCUAUAAAUUGAUGAUAAUACUAAUAUUAUUAAAACUAAUAAUAAUAAUGAUAAUGAUAAUACAUAGAAAAUCGUCGAGAGACAAUGAUGCCGAUGAUACAUGAAUUUUUAACUGGAAUUUGGCCUUGACAGAACGAUAUGUGCUCUUUAGAAUUGCCCGGAAGGAGGCGAGACUUUAGAUGCCCAAUUCGCCCCAAUAAGGAUGCGUCGAAGUAUUUUAUGAGACAGAGAAAGAUAGAUAGAGAGAGAGAGAGAGAGAGGGAAGAAAGAAACAAAAGACGGAAUUGAUAGGAAUAUUACGAGAGGGAGGGGAGAGAGAGAGAGCUAAGACGCAUACGCAUAUAAAACGACCGCGAAAUAUGAAAACGAAAGUAGAAUGGCUCUCUGAAACAUUGAAGACUGCAAUAAUAAUUACUCUGGCCUAUUAAAAUACGAUAUGAAUGCGUUGCUCGAUAAGCGCAACGUUAUAUAGAUGAUGAUCACAGUGAAUCCGUUAAUAGUAAGUGUGCCUGUUCAAUGCGUGCGUGCAAAUGUCUUUGAUCGUGUCCGCCGUAGCUCGUGACGAAAUAGACGCCAUCAUGUAAGAAACAAAUAUGGCGUCGUACGCAAGAGACGUACGAGUUUCAAAUCGCGCGCGCGUACGCGUUACGGCGGAUGAGUAUCCAAAGAGAAUGUCUUGUUAGAAAAAAAAGGGGGGAAAAAAGAAAUACUAUUUACCCGUAUUGUAUUCUGGUUAUCUCUAAUUACGAUCAGUAAAAAUUAUUCUAAAGAA